AUGGCCCACAUCAUUGACCUAUCACCCUGUGACGAUGGCUCCCCAGCCAUGCUGUUCCGGACAGAGCGCGUCUGUCGGCCUCUCGCUGGUGUGAAGCACCAGCUCUACCACCCGGCCCUGCCCACACUCCGUCGCAUGGACAUGGACACUGUCAAGUGCUGCCUCCCAGACGAGCACUGUCAAACUUCAACCUACUGCUCCAAAGAUGACUUUAACAAGGCCAGCUUCACACUUCUAGGGAUCCCCAACAAACCCCUGCAUUGCCUGGACUUGUCAGGAACUGGACAGAAGCUCUGUCACAAGUACCGUGAGGGAAAGAUGGUGCCCAUCAUGCCAGGCAUCAACCGGGUUGACUGGCCCUGCUUCACACAUGCCAUUGAAGACUGGUCUAAAUUCGUGUCCAAGUCUGACGAGUUCAAGCUGCCUUGUACCAACAAGAGGGUGGAGGGUUUCAGUGGCUACGCUGUGCGGCACUUGAAGCCGGAGGUGACCCAGAACUGGCGGUUCUGCCUCAACCAGAACCCGAGCCUGGACCGCUAUGGACAGAUGCCCCUGCCUUUCGACUCGCUGAACGCGUUCCGGCGCUUUGGCUCCCACUACAGUCGAAUCAACUAUCUGACACCCUGGCAUUAA